AUGAGUUCUAUGAACUCGAGAUUUAAAGGCCUCGGAUUUGGUAAACGGAAAUCCACCGCCAGUAUCCCAUCGCCAGACGUCCCUCAAUCGAGUGCAACCCCACCACCACAGGGACCACCGCCGCCAGGCCAAGGACCCCCUCAAAUAUCGCAACAGUUCCCCCGACCUGGGCCCGCCCCCUCCAUCGCUUCCUCAUCGUCGCAGCAGUCCCUCCCGACGAUGAACCACCCGGGAGCUGGACCUCGCCCGCCGAGUUACACUGCGAACUAUCCCCAAGGUCCUGCUCCUCCCGUCGGUCAGCGCAUGAGCCCUCAGGCUGCCCAAGGCCCCGCCCGCACCCCGCCGUCACAGAUGAUCGGUGGCCCUCCUCCGAUCAACACCGGUGCUCCUGUCGCCGGCUACCCUCCUCAGAUGCAGAUGCAGCCAGGCGGCCCUCCUCCCCCGGGCAUGCAACCCGGCCCCCCUGGGUACGCUGGUGCUACCGGCUAUCCCCCGCCUGCUCCCCCUCAGAAUCCAGGCAACGCCCUACAGCAGUUCGGCCGCCCAGCCGCCGAGGUUGAGGGCAACAGCCGUAGUAAGGCACAGCUGAUUGUGGGCAUUGACUUCGGUACCACAUUCUCAGGUGUCGCAUUCGCCUUUGCGACCAACAACGAAGCGAAGGAAGACAUCAUCACGGAGUGGCCUGGUGCGGGUUCAUAUACGAAACAAAAGAUUCCCACCGUUCUCUACUACGACCAAUACCAGAAGGUUGUAGGAUGGGGCCCGGAUAUCGCAGAUGCGCUGGCACCCACGGGAUAUCCCAAGCCCGGUGUCCAGAAGGUCGAGUGGUUCAAACUCCAACUUAUGUUGUCGGGGAACACCUACAUCGACCCCAUCAACCUGCCGCCUUUGCCCCCGGGCAAGUCCGAGAUCGAUGUCGCUGCUGAUUACCUGUUUAAGCUGAGACAGGCAAUGCGCGCGGCACUGCAGAAGACCUUGGGCGAAGUCUUUAACAGAGAAGAGCGCAACAUUCGGUAUUAUCUGACAGUGCCCGCCAUCUGGAACGAUGCUGGCAAGGCGGCGACGAGAGCUGCGGCCAUCCAAGCUGGUUUCCUGCGGGAUGAGAAUGACAACAGACUGACUCUCGUUUCCGAACCUGAGGCCGCGGCUUUGUUUUGUGCCAAGACUGGACUGCUCAAUCUCAAGAUCCACGACGCCCUGCUCAUUGUCGAUUGCGGUGGUGGUACCGUUGAUUUGAUUGCAUACGAAGUCGAGGACGAAAACCCCUUCACCGUGGCAGAAUGUACUGCAGGUUCUGGUGACUCUUGUGGUUCGACAGCGCUGAACAGAAACUUCAGCAACAUCCUCAGGACAAAGAUCAGGAAAAUGAAGCUUCCUGACGGAUCCAAGACGGCAGGCCGUGUCUACGCCAAGUGCAUCAUGGAUUUCGAAAACCGCAUCAAGGCUGACUUCCGUAACAACGGCCAAAAGUGGGCGGUAGAUGUCGGUAUCGAGGCCGAGUUCCCAGAAGCUGGCAUCGAGGAAGGCUACAUGACCUUCACCAACGAGGAGAUCCUCCAGUGCUUUGAGCCAGUUGUCAACCGAAUUCUUGAGCUCGUACGGAACCAGAUUAUAGCGAUUCAGGCCCAGAACCGCGCUCUGCAAAACAUUCUGGUUGUUGGUGGUUUUGGUGCCUCCGAGUACCUGUUCCAGCAGAUCAAGUUGCACGUGCCGCCGCAAUUCCAGUCCAAGGUCGUCCGGCCCAUGGACUCUGUCGCCGCCAUUGUCAAAGGAGCUGUCACGGCUGGUAUCACCGAGCGUGUUAUUACCCAUCGUGUUGCUCGUCGCCACUACCUUAUGGCUACCCUGCAACCAUUCAAGGAGGGUUACCACCCUGAGGCUUACCGAGUACCCUCCCUGGACGGAAAGGACCGAUGCAAGUUCACGAGGCAAAUUUUCGUGCAAAAAGGCCAGAAAGUCAAGAUUGGAGAGCCGGUCAAGGUCAGCUUCUUCCGACAGGUGGCCCCCGGCGCGACCCUCAUGUACGAGGAUAUCCUAUAUGCUUGCGAUGAUGAUGUCUGCCCAGAGUACACCAAAGAUCCUCGCAUAAAGGAAGUUGUCACUUUGACCUCCGAUCUCUCGCGCAAGAAUCUGGAGAAGGAUUUUGAACGCAUGGAUACCCCUCAAGGAACUUUCUACAGAGUUUACUUUGACAUCUACUUGACUCUCGACGGCUCCGAGUUCAGUGCUGAACUUGUGUGCCAGGGCGAGGUUAUGGGACGCUGCAGAGCUCGGUUCAGGUAA